UUCUGAUGACCUAAUGGAACAGAAUUUACAGUUACUGCUGUUUUGGGUCCUGGUGCUGCAUUAUGGUUCUGCUGGAGGCAGUAUCCUGUAUCGGGUCCAGGAGGAGCAGCCUCCCAACACUCUUAUUGGUAGCCUGGCAGCAGACCAGGGCCUGCCAGACUCGGGUCAUCUCUACAAGCUGGAGGUUGGUGCCCCUUACCUUCGUGUCGAUGGAAAGACGGGCGACAUUUUCACCACAGAGAUUCCCAUAGACAGAGAGACCCUAAGGGACUGUCGAUCCCUGGCUAAGGGUAAGCCCUGCUACCUGGAAUUUGAAGUAUCAGUGACAGAUCUGAUACAAAACCAGAGCCCACGACUGAUUGAAGGACGCAUUGAGGUACAGGACAUCAAUGACAACACUCCACAAUUUCCAUCUUCUGUGCUCACCAUCUCGGUCCCCGAGAACACCAUCAUGGGGGCACUAUUCUCCAUACCUCUAGCUACAGACAGGGACUCAGACAGGAAUGGGGUGGCGGAUUAUGCUCUGACUGCAGGGCCAGACGCCGCAACCCUAUUUGGUUUACAGGUGGCUGACGACAGGGGCGGGAAGCUCCCACAGCUCAUUGUCCUGGGCAACCUGGAUCGUGAGUUAAAGGAUUCCUAUGACCUCACCAUCAAGGCAGUGGAUGGAGGCAACCCUCAGCGCUACAGCAGUGCUUUGCUGAGAGUGGUAGUCACCGACGCCAAUGAUAACUCUCCCAAGUUUGAAAAGUCCACGUAUGAGGCAGAAGUGUCAGAGAACAGCCCAGUGGGUCACUCUGUGUUACAGGUCAAAGCAAAUGACUCUGACAUGGGCCCUAAUGGAGAAAUUGAGUACACCCUUCACCAAGCAGUAGACCCAGUGCCGAAACUGUUACGAAUUGAUCGGUCCACUGGCAUUAUCUAUGUCAAAGGACCACUGGACAGAGAGGAAAUCAGCAGCUUGUCCUUCUAUGUGGUGGCGAGGGAUAAGGGUCCUCAACCUAAAAGCUCUAAGACAUUUGUAACUAUUGAGGUGACUGACCAAAAUGACAAUGCUCCUGCUGUGGAGAUUCGUGGGAUUGGCCUUGUGACACACAGUGAAGGAGUGGCUAACAUUUCAGAGGACAUGCCAGUGGGAACAGCCGUUGCUCUAGUCCAAGUGUCUGACAAGGAUGAGGGAGAGAAUGCUGUGGUUACUUGUGUGGUUGCAGGAGACGUACCCUUCCAGCUUCGCCCUGCCAGCGACUCAUCCAGUGACAACAAGAGGAAGUAUUUCCUACAGACCACCACUCCUCUCGACUACGAAAGAGUUAGGGAUUACAGAGUAGAGAUUGUGGCUGUGGAUUCUGGAAAUCCAGCACUCUCUAGUACAAACUCUUUGAAGGUGCAGGUGACUGAUGUAAAUGAUAACUCCCCAAUAUUCUCCCCAACCUUGUUUGAGGUAGAUUUUGCUGAAGAAAACCAACCAGGGGAGAAGGUUUUGGAUGUUACAGCUUCAGAUGCUGACAGUGGCACUAAUGCAGAACUUCUCUAUAAUAUUGUCGCAGACUCAUCCAUCAAAGGUCUGUUUGAGAUUGACCCAAAUACGGGUGAAGUAAGAGCCCGAAGCCCACUUGACCGAGAGCAUAAAGAACGUUAUGAGUUCCGGGUCACCGCAGCAGAUAAAGGGUCACCUGUACAUAAAGGAACAGCAACUGUCGUCAUAAAAGUCCUUGACCGCAAUGACAAUGACCCCAAGUUCAUGCUUAGUGGCUACAGCUUUUCGGUUUUGGAAAACAUGCCUCCCCUCAGUCCAGUUGGCAUGGUGACAGUCCUGGAUGUGGACAAAGGCGAGAACGCUCGUGUUCACCUCUCCGUAGAGCCUGAUGGAGGGAAGUUUGUCGUUCAAAAUGGAACUGGCACCAUUCUUUCAAGCAUCUCAUUUGACAGGGAGAAAGAAAGCAGCUACACUUUCCGUCUGAAAGCAGUGGAUGGAGGAGAGCCACCCAGGUCUUCAUAUGUCGGAGUUACAAUCAACGUACUGGAUGAAAACGACAAUGACCCUGUUGUCACCAAGCCCUCCAAUUCCUCCUUCAGACGACUGUCACCUCUAGCUUCCCCAGAUAGCCAUGUUGAGGUAGUGGAAGCUGAAGACCUGGAUAGUGGGCCUAAUGCAGAGCUGGUCUUCAGUAUUGCUGGUGGAAAUCCUUACCAGUUAUUUCGCAUCUCCCCCUCCAGUGGGGAGAUCACUCUAGCAAAAGAGAUGACCCGGAAACACGGUGGGCUACAUCGCCUAGUGGUGCGAGUGAGUGACAGGGGGAAGCCUGCACGUCAUGCCACUGCCCUGGUCCACAUCUAUGUCAAUGAAACCAUUUCAAAUGUCAGCUUAGUGGAGGCCCUAGUUGGACACAGUCUUUACACUCCACUGGACAGGGACAUUGCUGGUGAUCCUGACAAUGGUUUUGCUGCACAGCGUAGUAAUAUUUUGUUUGGAAGUCUUGCUGGUGUGGCAGGUGUUGUCAUGUUGAUCUUGGUGGUGGUUUUUAUUCGCCACCGCAUCCAGAGAGAGACUAAGAGUGGGUAUCAGGCUGGCAAGAAGGAAACAAAAGACUUAUACGCUCCAAAACAGGUGCCAAAGAAUGCCAAAGGCAAACGAGGAAGGAAAGGAAAACCUCAGAAGUCCCCAAAACCACUCGGGGAAGAUGAGGAGGUCAGCCUUCAAAAGAGCCUUAAGUUCAACCUUGAUGGAGUCAAUGAUAGCCCCAGGAUACACCUGCCCUUAACAUAUUCACCAGGAAGCCCUGAUAUAGGCAGGCACUACCGCUCCAAUUCCCCCUUACCCUCCAUCCAGCUGCAGGCCCAAUCCCCCUCAGCCUCACAGAAGCAUCAGGCUGUCCAGGACCUUCCUGCCGCCAACACCUUUGUAGGAACGGGAGGAGAUGACAACUCUACCGGCUCAGACCAGUAUUCAGAUUACAGCUACAAGACCAGCCAACCGAAGUACAACAACAAACAGCAUCCCCAUCGGCGAGUGACCUUCUCCACCGCCAACCCUGUGCAGGACCUGCAGGAUGCCUCUCAGCACAGCUACUAUGACAGCGGCUUGGAGGAAUCAGAGACUCCCAGCAGCAAGUCAUCGUCUGGUCCUCGCAUCGGACCCCUGACCCUGCCUGAGGACCACUAUGAGAGAACCACUCCAGAUGGCAGCAUUGGAGAGACCGAACACCCUGAAAAUGAUAUCCGCUCCCUCCCCGAUGUGGCAAUGACCGGAAACUGUACAACCGAGUGCAGCGAAUUGGGCCACUCAGACGCCUGCUGGAUGCCCGGGCAUCCCUCCCCUGUACGCAAGACCAGGAACCCCCCGAAACUCUCCACCUUCGUGCCUUACCAGGAGAGGGGGAGCCUGGGACGCCUGGCAAAUGGGAGCGCCAGGCUGGGUGGCGAGGAGCACCGGUCGCGCCUUCCGCCCUCUCGCAGUGCCUAUUCCAACAGUGGUCAUGACGUCAGUCAGGACUGCCCCUUAGAGGAGAUGCCCCUGAGCGUAGCCUCUGAGUUCCCACCCACCUCCCCUUCUGCCCACACUCCAAAAAGAGAAAUUUACCUGUGAGGAAUAUCAUCAUCCGAUUGGUGCACAAGUGAAGGAAACAUACACCCACUUCAGAAGGAGAAACAGGCUGUCCACACGCUAAAGCCAAUGCCCGUUUUGUAGUUAACAGUAGGCUGUGACUCAUUCAAUCACUGGCAUGAACACUUGUUUUUUCUCAUUUCCUCCUUAAAUUAUUAAUUUAUUAGCAUAUUUAUUAAGAAUUCCACAAAGUUAAUUGAUGCACUCACUCAUUUAUUUAUACAAAAUCUUGAAGGAUACAAUUCAAACUGAUCAAAAGGAAAUACAGAUGGUAAUUGCUACUUUAGUGGUAACUAAUUAUUGUUGUAGUUAGCCAAGUCCCAUUCUGUGAAGUGAUCUCUUGAAUUUAAAAAUUGUGAUCAGUGCUCUUGUGCCAUUAUUAGACUAUAAUUUAAUAGACAGCCAGUCAGGCCCUAUCAGAAGGCAUAACACUUUUGACUAACCAUCAAAUGAAAUGCUCUAUCUUAAUGUACAGUGCUGUAAAUACAUUUGAAUGGUGUGUUCUACAUAUAUUUUUGUCUGGCAUAAGAUGAAAAAAAAAAUUGCCUCAGAAUCUUAGCAUAUUUAAGCUUUUUUUUUGCUGCUGCUGUUUAGACUUGAUUGAAACCAUCUCCAGAAGUGGAGCUCGAUAUUGUGGUAGGCAUUUAUCCGCUCCACACAAUCACACACACCUUCGACCCCUAAUCAUAGUAGAAUGGCCUUUACCUCUGCUCCCUGUAGAGCUCUGCCACUGGUGGAGAAAGCUGCGUGGCAACAUUUCAACUGACAUUAUGUUCCACUGACUCUCAGCACUGUGACCUAUCGUUCAUCAUGAAAACGGUUGACUUGGCCACAGUACCCCCGGAGUCGCAAUGACCAAACGCAGAGCACUCACUAGACACAUUCUGAUUGGCUUUUUAUAUCAAACCUUGUGACUCACUCUUGAUGAUGAAAUUGUACCAGUGUAUCAGAUUAAAGAGCUCUUCUCUAUCGUGACAAUCAGACGAGCUCUGUGUGUAACUCACAAUCCUUUCCCCUAAAGCUCAUAGUCCUUUCCCCUCACGAUCCAUGAGAACUUUUGUCGAUCUAAUGAACGGAAUUAUUUACACAAAAUGGCACUUGAGUAUGGAGAGCCACUGGAGAGACUUAUGGAAGUUGAUAUUCAUGCUGAUGUAAUCUAUAUGAGAGCUCCACGUUGAGAGUACUUUCUUUGUUUUUUAAAUAUACUUCUUCAGAGGUGAAUUCAAUACACAGUGCACCCACUGAAAUAAAAAAAUCUCAAAUUGUCAGUAACAUCAGAGAUUUCAAAAUAAAUAUUUGAUUUCAUGUCAGAAAUUAAUGUAUGCAAUUGCAUAUAUUAUAUAUUGUUGAGCUUAAACAUG